AUGGCCGAUGCGGCCGUGCAACCGGCUCUCGCGCAGGCAAUGGGCGAUGCGGCCGCGGAGGGCUGGGGGGCCUUCUUCGCAGAGGCCUUUCAAGCGAGUUCAUUCAAAAGCUACUGGGGAAUGCUACACUAUCUGACGUCGAGAUGGGCUUUCACAUGCUUCGCAACGGCACUCAUUCUCAACCGGAUCGGUGUCUAUGGAGCUUCAAGACAGCGAUUAUACCUCGACUGGACAAGAAGGCUGGCCCUGCGCAUCAUACCUAUUCUUCUUCUUACCAGUCAAGUUCACCAACUCCUUCAAGCUAUUAGAUGCCAGACUUCACCGAACUUCUCACUCUAUCGACAUGGCGAUAACAACAAAUAUAGCCUGCUGGACUGGUCCACUGAUGGUGGCCCCUUGUAUACAUUGACUUCUAUUCUUCUCUUUCGCUCAACGGAUGCUGAUACUUGUGCGGCGGUCGGGCUGUCCCGGCCAAAUCCGGAUGUGCGGGCCCCUCAUGGGUCUUUCUCUCUCCUCUGGCCCUCCUUCUUGCGGCUGUGCUUGUCACAUGUGAUCGAGAGCCUCUCAUGCUCCCUGCAGCAGGUGCCAACCAUGACGGAAGUCGGUAUGUCAGUCUUUGAGCAUUCUUUGGCUUUCGCCGAGGCCGAGACAAUGCUCUCUCACGCCCUUGGACUCGGCCUUUUCGGUGCCUCCAAGUACUCGGGCGCCGGCAAGAUGAACACCACGGUUCCCGACACACAGUCACAGCCUACAAUUCCGGCAUCCGGAACGAUUCUUGCUCUGGCCGAUGCCACUGCAUCUCUCACGGGGCCGCACAUCCUUGAUCGGGUCAACGUGCCCGUGGAAGUACUGUUGGUCACAUUGCUUUCAUGUAGUAACUCGCUGUCAUCACAUAUUAUUGCCGUGCUGGGCAAGCAGCGUCAGUGGCGACUCAUCAACACAGCGGUAUGGGGCCUGGCCUUCAUGUUAUCCUUUAUGUGGGGGCUUUUUAGCACAAGCACGAUGGUUCGAAGUGGCGAGGAUGGCGACAACCGUCCAGUCAGCAGUCUCUUACACUUCCCCACCGUUGCCAUUGUUGGGUUUCUUCCGCAUAUGGUGAUUUUGUUGGGCAUUGCCGUGUGCUUCAUCGUCUACCUUGUUGCACUCACCUUGACUGCCGUGUCGUUGGGCACCAACCCGCGGAUUCCGCAGCCGACAAGCAUCAAGGAACGUUUCAGUAUCGCUCACGACAAUCUGCAAGCUGCCGUACAAACACGAGGCGUCAACAUCCGAUGGUAUGAGGAUUUUUACACGGCACUGCUUCGGAUCGGGUUCGCCGCCUUGACUGCCGCAUCCGAAGCGGUAUUUUUGAAUGAGGGAAGGUCAGUCGAAGUGCGACAGUUCACAUGGUUGGAAGAAGAUCGGCUGGAUGAGUUCGAGGCUGCUCGAGGAGCAGUGGGGGCUUUGACAAGCAAUCAGCCAUUUCAAAUCCUCGAAGAAUACGGGUUGCCGCCGUCAAGUCCUGGUGGGACGGAUAAGGGAGGCGCUUGGGAAUCCGGAUAUUCCAAGGAGCGUAAAUUCGACAAGAAGCAAGGUGAACUUGAAGGCAAGGACUCAUUUGUGUAUCCGACUCCUAGGGCUGGAGGAGUCGGAGCUGUACAACGAACCACCCGAUUCUAUUUGCUGAUGAUUUAUCUCCGUGGCAUUAUCUUCCUCAUUGGAGGGUACAUCGGCUUCGGCUUGGGAGUUCUAUUAGAUGCGGUUGGAAUCACUGCUCGGCCUCGUUGGUUGAGGAAAAUCGUGGGUCGAUCUCUCAAGAGAUUGAAUGCGCAAAACAACCAUGUGCACAAUGAUGCCACGCGUGAUGUCUGGAUUCUGACCGAAGAUGGAAAGCUUGCCAUACCGAUCAACGAUGAAGUGGACGUUGAGCCAGAAAUGCGGCGGCGGUUGAUGACGGACUUCCCUGAAGAAAGGGUCGACGAGCUUCUCGACUCGAAACUGUAUGACUGGUGGAAGGCUGGUGGUUGGUUUGGCACUAGGGAUGACAGUGGUGAUUACCAGCCGUCAAUGGGUGGCGACUUGGACGAUACGACGAGUGUGGUGUCCAUGUCCACCGAAGCCGGUGCCGAUAGGAGCGAGGCCGAUGAAGAUGAAGAAAAUGAGUGGGAGUCCGAAUCUGAAGGGCGAAGAACCCCGAUUCAAACAUCGACAGGGCCAGGUUGGUCGUUCUCGGAGCUUCCGACAAGAGAGUCUACACCGGACGUUCCCGACCUACCGCUCGAUCCUGCAACCCUUGCCAGACUCCUGAAUCCUCAAGACCAGGAAUCUCGGGAAGAAGCGCGGAUUCUCGCCUCUCACCUAGCCAGUGCCUCGUCGAACGCUUCUACCGGUGGCAUCAUGACACGGUCUCGCUAUCGCCGGGAAAUGGAAAAGGAACGGGCUCGUAUUUUGCUUGCGGGCCGGACUUCUGAUCAUCCAGAAUCUCGGUCAGCACAUGCGCCGGCGAUAUCUUUAUACAACUCAUCACAUCCCACCGGACCCCGUCCUUUGACAGCUGCAGAAGAGGCCGAAGUGCUCGAGUCACUGAUACUUGGUCGACGCCGACGACGUGCCACGUCUUCACAUGAGCAGACUCACACUCCCAGCAACCUCGUCGAAGACCACGAUGAGUCCGAACAUGCUGGACCUCCAUGUGUAGUAUGUCAAACAGCACCUCGGACCAUCAUCGCAUGGCCGUGUCGGUGCCUAUGUGUUUGCGAGGAUUGUCGGGUGAGUUUGGCACUGAACAAUUUCGGCAACUGCGUCACGUGUCGGAGGGCAGUGCAGGGCUUUGUCCGGCUCUAUGUCCCUUGA